CCGCCUCGCGUCCUCUGACCUGGAUCUUCCUCCUCGGGGAAGGAGCGUUUCCGGCGGGGGAGGGGAGGUUGUAGCCUUCGGGCUCGGCUUUGCGAUGGGGAAGAAACACAAAAAGCAUAAAGCGGACAAGGCGGAGUGGCGGUCGGCUUCUACCACCGCCUACAGCGAUUAUGUAGACAAGCCUUUGGAAAAACCUUUGAAGCUGGUUCUUAAAGUUGGAGGAAGUGAAGUAACUGAACUUUCUGGAUCAGGACACGAUUCUAGUUAUUACGAUGACAGAUCAGAUCAUGAGCGAGAGCGGCACAAAGAAAAGAAGAAAAAAAAGAAAAAGAAGUCUGAGAAGGAGAAAGAAAAGCACCUUGAUGAUGAGGAAAGAAGAAAGAGAAAAGAAGAGAAAAAGAGGAAAAGGGAAAAAGAGCAGUGUGACACUGAAGGAGAAACUGAUGACUUUGAUCCUGGGAAAAAAGUGGAGGUUGAACCUCCUCCAGAUCGUCCUGUCAGAGCGUGCAGAACUCAGCCAGCUGAAAAUGAGAGCACACCAAUCCAGCGGUUGCUAGAACACUUCCUUCGUCAGCUUCAAAGGAAAGAUCCUCAUGGGUUUUUUGCUUUUCCAGUCACGGAUGCCAUCGCUCCAGGAUAUUCCAUGAUAAUAAAGCACCCCAUGGAUUUUGGAACUAUGAAGGAAAAAAUUGCAGCAAAUGAAUACAAAUCAGUCACUGAAUUCAAGGCAGAUUUUAAACUGAUGUGUGAUAAUGCAAUGACAUACAACAGACCAGAUACUGUUUACUACAAGCUAGCCAAGAAGAUACUGCACACAGGCUUUAAGAUGAUGAGCAAAGAACGGCUGUUAGCUUUGAAGCGCAGCAUGUCGUUUAUGCAGGACAUGGAUUUUUCUCAGCAGGCAGCUCUUUUGGGUGAUGAAGACACAGUGGUUGAGGAGCCUGUCCCUGAAGUUAUGCCUGUACAAGUAGAGACUACCAAGAAAUCCAAAAAGCAAAAUAAAGAAGUUAUUAGUUGCAUAUUUGAACCUGAAGGAAAUGCAUGCAGCCUGACAGAUAGCACUGCUGAAGAACAUGUCCUGGCACUAGUGGAACAUGCAGCAGAUGAAGCUCGGGAUAGGAUCAAUCGAUAUCUACCCAACAGCAAGAUUGGUUAUCUGAAAAAAAAUGGAGAUGGAACUUUAUUGUUCAGUGUAGUAAACUCAUCUGAUCCAGAAGCAGAAGAGGAAGAGACUCAUCCAGUUGAUCUGAGUUCACUGUCAAGCAAAUUUUUACCUGGCUUCACUACACUGGGCUUUAAAGAUGAACGAAGAAACAAAGUAACCUUUCUUACAAGUGCUAGUACAGCCCUUUCCUUGCAAAACAACUCUAUUUUUCAUGAUUUGAAAUCAGAAGAAGUGGAACUCCUAUACUCAGCAUAUGGUGAUGAAACUGGGAUACAAUGUGCCUUAAGCUUACAAGAAUUUGUGAAGGAUGCUGGACAUUACAGCAAGAAAAUAGUAGAUGAUCUUCUGGACCAGAUCACAAGUGGAGACCAUUCCAAAACUGUUUAUCAGCUGAAGCAGAGACGAAACAUCCCAGUAAAACCACUGGAUGAAGUUAAAGUUCUACCAGUUCUCAUAAAAGAAGAACACAAGCUACGUAACACCUGUCCUGAUUCUUCCAAACAGAUUAUGGUUGGAGAAUCUGCUGGAGACAGUAACGCUUCUGAAUUGGACUUUCUGUCUAUGAAAUCAUAUUCAGAUGUAUCUCUUGAUAUUUCGAUGCUAAGUUCAUUAGGAAAAGUGAAGAAAGAGCUUGAUCAUGAUGAUAACCAUUUACAUCUGGAUGAAACAGCUAAGCUUCUGCAGGACCUUCAUGAGGCUCAAGCUGACAGAGUGGGAUCCCGACCAUCAUCUAAUUUGAGUUCCCUCUCCAAUACUUCUGAAAGAGAUCAGCAUCAUCUUGGAAGCCCUUCUCAUCUGAGUGUUGGAGAACAGCAAGACAUAGUUCAUGAUCCCUAUGAAUUUCUUCAGUCCCCAGAAACCUCAAAUGCUACUACUAACUAAUUCAAAGUUUAUAUAUAUUUUGUAUUUUAAUUGUAUUGUUAUUAUAUAAAUUUUUUGUACAUGGCAGAAGCCUCAGUUUGUCCUACUUUGUAUGAGGAUUCCAGUAUAAUGUUGUAUAAUAUACCGUUCAAAAAAGCCAACCCCCAAAAUGGAAGGGUACUCUAGUGCAUCAUGAUGUUAGCAAUGUGCCUAAGUCUGCUUUUGCUGUGUAUGUUGGAGUGUGUCUUGUCUACUGGUGUAUGAAUCUUGACUGAAGAACAGUAAGUGCUGUGUUAGAGGAUUUCUGUUCUGUAAAAACUGAAGUUCCACCAUCAUGUUCAUCAAGUUCAUUGUUCCACCAUCAUGGCAGCAAUCUUGAAACAUUUCCUGUAGAAUUAUGUACCAAUUUCUCUUUUGGUCUUAACAUGGACAUCCUCAAGGAAGAAUAUCUUACUUCCCCAGUGACAGAACUGAAUGAACUGAAAGAACUGGGGUCGUUUUUUUUACUUUCUAUCUUCUACCCUCUAAUCUGUACAAAUGGUUUGUGUUUCCCUCUCUUUGUAAAUCUUUCAUCACCCUAGAGAAUAUUUAAUAUGAGAAUAACAGUACUUGUAGUUGCUUUAAAAUGCUUACCACGCUAAUUCUGCCCUGGAUCUAAAAGAGGUGGAUGUUUUCUAUGAGCCCUUGUGUUUUGAAAGAGAUUACAGUACUGAUACUUCUAAAUUCAGUAUUUAUAUUUACUUGGAUGACAAGAAUUCUGCAUGCAGCUUGCUUUUUGGUAAUUCUAAGGUAAAAUCUUUGGAAUUCAGUAUUCUUGGGGGGUGUACCACAGGUAUAUGCAAGCUGGACAUGUUAUAAAUUUACCAUAUUUUGUAAAUUUGUAAAAAUAAAGAGUGAGGAUCAGGAAGCAGAGCUCUCAUCCACAUUGCCUGUACAGUCUUGCCUAUACAGUCUUUACUCUCUAUCUGUCUUUGCCAAUUAUUUUAUGAACAUUCUUGCUUAUAAAAUUCUGACAUCUCUUGUUUUCUCAGAACGGAAUUCUGCUGCAAACCCUUCUCAUACUGUGCCAGUACAUCUUUUAUGGUGUCUUCCUUUAGUAGUGAACAGGUAACACUAAAAUUUUUAUGAGAUACUCACCUGAUUUAUCUGUCUUGCCUAAGUAAGCCUUCUUUCAGAUGAAGAUCUUGUUUUCACAGUUCAUCCUGAGGCCAAAGUUCUGGAAACAGAACUGAGUGGCUAAGAGGGCUUUUUUUCUGUUAAAAAUCAGAAUGUCUGUAAGCUCUUCACAUUGGACUAGAAAAGUCAGAAUCACAAAGACUAAAAUAUGCAGAAGAAUUGGUAGAGGUCAGAGCAAAGACCAAAUAUACUCAUCAAAGGAGUUAAUAGGGAGGCUGAUUGGUUUUUGUGGAUAUAGUAAACGUAUUUCAAAACACAAAUGUGUAAUUCUGUGAAGGAGGGAUUUUAAUCGUUUUUCUUUACUUCUGACUGGAAAUUUAGUAGAAAACAACUUACAUUAAAUUUGUGGAAGGUCAAAUGAAGUGCAAAUGUUAGGUUUUAAGUGGUAGUGGAUGUUCAGGUUAGUGAGGUAAAUGUUUUGCUAUUUACCUUUAGGAUUCCCUUCACCCACAACACCCUUCCUGAAGAAAUCCUAGACAAUUCCUGUAAUACUUGAAGAAUUGGAUUUCAGGAUUGUUUAAUGAAAAAAUGUUACAGCAAGAAAUGAGAAUGUAAAUUCACCUAAUAGCAUCUUUUGAAGCCAGGAGGACCACACUUUACAAAUGGAUUGUUCCUAUCACAUUUUCAUAUUUUAAUACCACUUUAUAAUUAAUGCUUGAUCAGCCAUAACCUCUGAGAAGAAUAUUUAAAAAAUAAACAAAACAGUUAACGUACAGAUCAUGAAGUGAGAGGCUUCCUCUUCAGCCUCUCAAUUACUGAAUAUUUUUAAUCAGAGGUUAUGGUAUUGCUAGUAUUUCUAUAUCUAUAUGUAAGAUAAGUUUUUUUAAUUAUUAUUUUUUUUUUUAAUUCUCUUGUUACAUGCUGUAUUGGGAAAAAAUUCUUAAGUUGCAUCACAGAAUGGCUGAGAUUGCAAAGGAGCUCUGGAGGUCCUCUGGUCUCACCCCCUUCUUCAACCCUAAAGGCACUUUCCUAGGACUGCAUCCAGAAACCUUUUGGAGAUCUCUACAACUGUUUAAGGCUACCUGUGCCAAUGCUGGAUCAUCCUCACAGUAGAGUGUUUCUUGAUGUUUAGGUGAAACAUUCUAUGUUUACAUUUGUGCCCAUUGUCUCUUCUCCUGGCACUGGGCACCACUGAGAGGAGCCUGGUUCUGUCUUCUUUGCACCCUUCCUUCAGGUAUUUGUGGGAAUUGUUGAGAUGCCUCCAUCAGCUUCCUCUUCUCUAAGCUGUAUAGUUCUGCUUAUCUUUGCCUUACCUCUUACAAGAUCACUCAUUUUUCUGCCCUUUCUUUGUACCCUCCAGUAUGAUUGUAUCUUGUAUUACGGACCCACAAUUGGGCCACAGUACUCCGGAUGUGAUUUCAUCAGGGCUGAGUAGAGGGGAAGGAUCACUUCCUUUGAGCUGCUGGCAGUACUUUACCUAGUGCACUCAAGGAUAUCCUUGCAGCCUUCUUUUCAGCAAGGGUGCUUUGUGGACUCAAGUUCACUUUAGCAUCCACCACGAUAUCCAGUUCCUUUCUUUUCAUCUUGUUUUCCAGCUGCUUGGCCUGCAGUAUAUAUCAGCGCCUGGUGUUGUUCCUCCUCACAUGGAAGGACUUUGUACUUCUCAUUUAAAUGUGUGAGGUCCUUGUCAGCCCAUUUUUCCAGCAUAUCAAAGGUUCCCCUGGAUGGUAGCACAAAUCCCUGUUGUGCUAGACGUUCCUACCAAUUUUGUGUUAUUUGUGAACUUUCUGGGGGUACACUCUGCUUCGUCAUCCAGGUCAUUAAUGAACAUGAUUACUGGACUCAGUAGCAAUGCCCCUGGGAUAUACACCUAGUUUCUGACCUCCAAUUAACCUUCACAAAGGAUCUCGUUUUUAUAAAAUCUACACAGUUUGCGAGAGAUAGUAACUCAAUUUCUGUUUUCUUUAGUCUGUAAAAAAUAAAAAUGACUCUAAAUUGAGCACAAAGGCCAAAUAAAUAAUGUGAAGACAACAGCUGUAUCUGAACUAUGGAAGUGGGAUUCAGGAUUUUCUAUAUAAGUCAAAAAGCGUUCCAUGAUUCUGCAAUGUGAGUUGUACAGUCUGGGUGGACAGCUUAUUCAAUAGCAACCUGAUGUGAUACAUAACCAGCAGUAAAGAAUUGUAUGUAUAACAACAUCAUUAGCAACAGCACUAUUUUUUUUUUUUUUUUUAAGCAAUGAUGCUACAUGAGUUAACACCUCUUAGAGA